AUGGUUGACUUAUGCACAUGGUUGCUCUGCACACUGGGUUUGGGCAACUUCGUCUUCUCUGCAGCAAUACAAAAGGAGGAAAUGAGCAAGAAUAACGAAACAAAGUGGACGGGCUAUGGCGAUACUUGCUGGGAUAUUGUCAACAGGAACGAGAACACCCUGACUGUCGGGCAACUUUUGUGCUGGAAUCCAGAUAUCAACCCUCAGUGCUCGAACCUUAUACCUGGGCACAUUGUCUGUGUGGGAUAUUAUGGUGCAGCGCCUCUGUGCACCUAG